AUGACUCUUAAGAUAAUUGGAUUUGAAGUUUCGUCAAAUACCCUCAGUGUCAUUGCGUGCCUCAAUGAAUUAGGUCUUCCUUACCAAAUCGAAAAUCCAGCUAGUUGGCAUGCUUUAAAGGAAGAAGAUUUUCUCGCGAAUAAGCACCCAUUUGGAAGAAUUCCGGUCCUUUAUGAUGGAGACUAUAAAAUUACCGAAACUCGUGCUAUUUGUCGUUACCUAGUGUCUAAAUACCAAGGAAAACAUAAUGACACAAUCUUAAUCCCUCACGAUAUUAAUGAAGCUGGAUUAAUUGAUCAACUGAUUUCUUAUGAGGUUAGUUACUAUGAACCACUGCUAAAAACAAUCGUACUUCAGGAAGUAUUCAAAUUACAUCCAGAAAAUCAUGAAAUAAUUAAGCAUACAUGUGAAGAAAUUGAUAAGGUUUUAAAGGUUUAUGACAAACUUUUAGAAGGAAAAGAAUAUUUAAAUGGUGAAUUUUCCUUAGCCGAUCUUCUUCAUUGUCCUUAUACUCAAUAUAUUUAUUCUUCUACUAAACAUAAUGAUUUAUGGGACAAAAGACCUAAUGUUAAAAAAUGGUGGGAUAGGAUAAGCAACAGAGAUGCCUGGAAAAAAGCUUGGAAAAUCAGCAGAGAUGCCUGGGCUGCGGGAGACAAAUAG